AUCGUCUGAUUCGGUCGCCGUGUCGUGGUGUUGGAGUCAUUUUUCGAUUCGUUACUAUACUUUUUUUUUGUUCCUGAGCCUUUCCGAAACGCUCUGUGCUGUCUGCGUAGUGUAGUGAAGUGAAUCGCGUCUCAAACUCGGGUCAAGACUCAGAUCGCUGAAUGCCACCAGCCACUUUGGAAGUAAAUCUGUCGCAAUUCAGGUCGGGUCGUACGUGUACUUCGGUUAGUGCAUACGAGUGAGUACUCGGUACUGUAGUGUAUGGAUUAAUUGCUGAUGUUGUGUAAUUAUUUUUAAAAUCGUAUUAACUGAAUACAGUAUAUUGUGUUCACGAUCAUUUUUACUGAUUGUGGUUUAUUGUUUUUCUAAUAAGUUUUACAAAAAUAACUACUAAAAAGUGCUAAUCUAGUGGAUUCCGAUAACGGAACUGCGCCCCCGGCCCCUUCACUGAUUGUGCAACCAAGAAAGAACUGGAAGCGAAGCAGCAAACAACACCAUCAACAAAAUGGGUAUACCGAAAGUGUUCGUCGUCGGAGUCGGAAUGACCAAGUUUGAGAAACCUGGCCGCCGGGAGGACUUUGACUACCCGCAGAUGGCCAAGGAGGCCGUCACGAAGGCCCUGUCCGAUGCUCGAAUCCAGUACCAGGAGGUUCAGCAGGCAACUGUGGGCUAUGUGUAUGGGGAUUCGACCUGUGGGCAGCGUGCCUUGUACGAGAUCGGUUUCACCGGUAUUCCGGUUUACAAUGUCAACAAUAACUGUUCGACGGGUUCGACGGCUCUGCUGCUGGCCAAGCAGCUGAUCGAGACCGGCAACAACGAUUGUGUGCUGGCGCUUGGGUUCGAGAAAAUGGAACGAGGCUCGCUGACGUCCAAGUACAUGGACCGAACGAAUCCGGUUGAGCUGCUGGUGUCCGCCAUGGCCGAGAAGCAUGAUAUCACAGGGGCCCCGAUUUCGGCGCAGCUCUUCGGCAACGCUGGACUGGAGCAUAUGCAAAAGUAUGGCACCAAGCCGGAACAUUUUGCCAAAAUUGCGUACAAAAAUCACAAACAUUCCACCAACAAUCCGUAUUCACAGUUCCAAGACGAGUACUCUUUCGAGCAGAUUGUAAAAUCUGCUAAGGUUCAUGAGUAUUUGACCAAGCUGCAAUGCUGCCCGACCAGUGAUGGAGCAGCGUGCUGUAUUCUGGCAUCGGAAAGUUUUGUUAAGAGGCAUGGCCUGGAGGGACAGGCCGUAGAAAUCAUAGCAAUGGAAAUGUCCACCGAUUUGCCGUCAUCAUUUGGGGAGGGCAGUGCUAUGAAAAUUGUCGGUUACGACAUGACCCGCAACGCGGCCGAGAAAGUUUUCGCCAAAACGAAUUUCAAGCCACAAGACGUGGACGUGGUGGAGUUGCAUGAUUGUUUCUCGGCCAACGAGCUGAUCACGUACGAGGCUUUGGGUCUGUGUCAACCGGGCAAGGCCGGUGAAUUUAUCGAUCGCGGCGACAAUACCUACGGUGGACGUGUGGUCGUGAAUCCCAGCGGGGGAUUAAUUUCCAAGGGACAUCCGCUGGGUGCCACCGGGCUUGCUCAAUGUUCGGAACUUUGCUGGCAGCUACGAGGAGAAGCUGGAAAGCGACAGGUCAGGGGAGCCAAACUAGCCCUGCAGCACAACAUCGGGCUUGGCGGGGCUGCCGUUGUGGCGUUGUACCGGUUGGGAUACCCUUAUAUUAAGAAUCCGAUAAACACUAACCUAACGGCAGCUGGUAAAAUUAAGGACACACCUGACGGAUUCCUCGUUGCACCGUAUAUGAAAAUCCUGGAGGAAGAAAUGACCAACGAUCAGGACAACUUGAUCGAAAAAGUUCGAGGAAUCUUCGGCUUUAAGGUUACUAAUGGACCGGACGGCGCUGAAGGCUAUUGGGUCAUCAACGCCAAAACUGGAAAGGGUUCGGUCACUUACAAGGGAACAGAUAAACCGGAUGUUACCUUCAUCAUUAAUGAUGCAGAUGUGGUCGAAUUAAUCUCUGGCAAACUGAACCCGCAGAAGGCUUUCUUCCAGGGCAAGGUCAAGGUUCAGGGCAACAUGGGAUUGGCAAUGAAAUUGGUGGAUCUACAGAACAAAGCUUCGUCUCGCAUCGAAAAAAUUCGUUCCAAGCUGUAAAAGUGUAGUUUAAAGUUUAAUUGCAUGUAUUGUAAACUAAUUUCGGUUCCGUCUAGGCAUUUCAAAAAUGUGGUACCUAUAUCUUUUUUCUUACAUAUUUUAUUACAGAGAAUCAGGUAUAUUAUUCCGGUAUUUUAUAAAUACAAAGCACUGGUGAUAGUUA